UAUAUUCGACAACAAAAUUCUCACCGAGGCAUCCAAAGCGCCCCUCAGGGCUGUCGCGCUGGCGUCAUUUCUGGGCGACGGUUUUGCCGCCCUCGGUAGCCGAGCACCUCCCGUCAAGGAUCUAAUGGCAUUCGGCGCGGUCCUGCACACAAAUCAGCACAAUAUAGGUCGCAGCGAACCGCCGGUCGGCGUCGGCGAUCCUUGUGCUGGAUGCAAUAAGCCCAUAUUGGACAAGUUUCUGCUGAAUGUCCUGGAGCGAGCCUGGCACGCGUCCUGCGUGAGAUGCUGCGAAUGCCUGCAGCCACUGACAGACAAAUGCUUUAGCCGAGAAUCAAAACUUUAUUGCCGCAACGAUUUCUUCAGACGUUACGGCACCAAAUGCAGCGGCUGUGGUCAAGGUAUUGCACCAUCGGAUCUGGUGAGGAAGCCGAGGGAUAAGGUGUUCCAUUUGAACUGCUUUACAUGCUGCAUUUGCCGCAAGCAGCUGAGCACCGGGGAGCAGCUGUACGUGCUGGAUGACAAUAAGUUUAUCUGCAAGGACGACUAUCUGCUGGGCAAGGCGCCAUCCUGCGGCCACAAUUCUCUGAGCGAUUCAUUAAUGGGUUCGGCGAGCGAAGACGAAGAUGACGAUGAUCCGCCACAUUUGCGUGGACCGGCGCUGGGAUUGGGCGUGCUUGGACCGAAUGGGCCAGACUCAGCGGGUGGACCGCUGGGCACCUCGGAUAUAUCAGUACAAAGCAUGAGCACCGAUAGUAAAAAUACGCAUGACGAUUCCGAUCAGGGCUCCUUGGAUGGCGAUCCCGAUGGCCGCGGCGAUUCUCAGGCGGAGAACAAAAGUCCCGACGAUGCCAAUGGCUCAAAGCGACGCGGACCCCGCACCACCAUCAAGGCCAAACAGCUGGAGGUUCUGAAAACGGCAUUCAAUCAGACACCGAAACCGACACGCCAUAUUAGGGAGCAACUGGCCAAGGAAACGGGACUGCCCAUGCGAGUGAUACAGGUCUGGUUCCAGAACAAGCGAUCCAAGGAGCGUCGCAUGAAGCAAAUCACCAGCAUGGGUCGUCCGCCGUUCUUUGGCGGUGCGCGUAAAAUGCGCGGCUUUCCCAUGAAUCUCUCGCCGGGCGGGCUAGACGACGGACCCGGCUUUCCCUACUUUGCCGCAGAUGCUAAAUUCGAGUUCGGCUACGGUGGACCCUUCCAUCCGCACGACGGCCCCUUCUUUCCCGGCCAUCCAGGCGGACCGAUGCCCUUCAAUGCACCAGGUGGACCAAUGGAUCACAGCGGUCCCAUACCGAUGGUUAAUGAAUUUGGCCUGACGCCCGAGUCAACAUUUCUGAGUCAGGCGGGCGCACCGCCGAUGCAGCUGCAAACAGCUGUGGGGCCACCGCCGCCGCCGCCUCCAAAUGCCGCUGAGCAUCUGCUGCAACAGGCGGCCGCGCAGCAGCAGCAGCAGGCGGCACAGAAUGCGCAACAAGCAAGCCAAACGCAACAGCAGCAGCAACAACAACAACAACAGCAGCAACAACAACAACAAAAUGGCCCGCGUACCGCAUCGCCCGAGUUCAUGAGCUCGGCGAAUUUCAGCGAACCGCAGAAUAUGCAAAAUGAAGGGCUUGUUUGGUAAUAUACAAAACAGUUGGCAACGCGCCUGCUGUUUCUCAAGACCUACACGCAGCGGCAGCAACAGCAGCAGCAGCAACAACAACAGCAA